CUGGGUACAAGGAACAGUCAGCCCUUCUCCACCGACACCAUGCAUCGACACGUGCUGACGGGACUGCUGCUGCUGAUGGCGGCCUCCAGCAUGGCCAUCCCUGUGCCUGCGGAAGGAGAGCACGACCUCAACUAUGUACUGAGCAAACUGACGGCGCUGUGGGAGGAGGUGGAGAGGCUGCGGCAUGAUCUGGCGGACCAUCGACAUGGCUACCCUCCGCACGACCAGGUGACCCAGGAGGUGGAGACGCUGCAACACGAGAUGGUGGUACAUUCCAAACAAAGCCCACACGAGGGCCACAACGACCACCACGACCCUAACGCCCUCCAACACCUGGAGCACUUCCACGAGCACCACCACGACGACCACAACCACCACGAUGCCGACGACCACCAAAGCCACGACCAUGACCAUGACCACGACCACCACCAUGACGACCACCACCACGACGACCACCACCAUGACGACCACCACCACCAUGAAGACCACCACCACGACGACCACCACCAUGGUGGCCACGACAACCACAACCAUGGUAAAGGACACGACCACUCUGGCGACACCCACGACCACGAGGGGCACGACCACAGCCAGGACACCCACCAUCACGGUCACGAUCACACAGACGACACCCACGACCACGAAGGACACGACCACAGCCAGGACCACAGCGAACAUGGCGAAGGGCACGACCAUUCUGGCGACACCCACGACCACGAGGGGCACGACCACAGCAAGGACACCCACCAACACGACAACGACCACCACCACGAUCACGACCAUACAGGCGAUACGCACGAACACGAAGGACACGACCACAGCCAGGACCAUACCGAACAUGGCGAAGGGCACGACCACACAGGCGACCCUGACCACAUGCAGCUUGAACCAGUUACUACUCGUCGCACCCUGAUUACUGACCCUGAGGAUGACCGUCGCGCCGACCUUGGCUGGUCUGUCCUUAUGGCGCGGCACUCUUGGCAGAGUGGACAGUGCUCCUUCAGGGGCUUCUUUACUCCUUACCCAUCCCAACACCCACCAGGAAUUCAUGUAGCACGACCAAUUUUUCAAGGUGCUCAGGUGAGGGAGUCCUGGGAGGCGGGUGUUCAGGUGAGGGAGUCCUGGGUGGCGGGUGUUCAGGUGAGGGAGUCCUGGGUGGCGGGUGUUCAGGUGAGGGAGUCCUGGGAGGCGGGUGUUCAGGUGAGGGAGUCCUGGGUGGCGGGUGUUCAGGUGAGGGAGUCCUGGGUGGCGGGUGUUCAGGUGAGGGAGUCCUGGGAGGCAGGUGUUCAGGUGAGGGAGUCCUGGGAGGCGGGUGUUCAGGUGAGGGAGUCCUGGGUGGCGGGUGUUCAGGUGAGGGAGUCCUGGGAGGCGGGUGUUCAGGUGAGGGAGUCCUGGGAGGCGGGUGUUCAGGUGAGGGAGUCCUGGGAGGCGGGUGUUCAGGUGAGGGAGUCCUGGGUGGCGGGUGUUCAGGUGAGGGAGUCCUGGGAGGCGGGUGUUCAGGUGAGGGAGUCCUGGGAGGCGGGUGUUCAGGUGAGGGAGUCCUGGGUGGCGGGUGUUCAGGUGAGGGAGUCCUGGGUGGCGGGUGUUCAGGUGAGGGAGUCCUGGGUGGCGGGUGUUCAGGUGAGGGAGUCCUGGGUGGCGGGUGUUCAGGUGAGGGAGUCCUGGGUGGCGGGUGUUCAGGUGAGGGAGUCCUGGGUGGCGGGUGUUCAGGUGAGGGAGUCCUGGGUGGCGGGUGUUCAGGUGAGGGAGUCCUGGGUGGCGGGUGUUCAGGUGAGGGAGUCCUGGGUGGCGGGUGUUCAGGUGAGGGAGUCCUGGGUGGCGGGUGUUCAGGUGAGGGAGUCCUGGGUGGCGGGUGUUCAGGUGAGGGAGUCCUGGGUGGCGGGUGUUCAGGUGAGGGAGUCCUGGGUGGCGGGUGUUCAGGUGAGGGAGUCCUGGGUGGCGGGUGUUCAGGUGAGGGAGUCCUGGGUGGCGGGUGUUCAGGUGAGGGAGUCCUGGGUGGCGGGUGUUCAGGUGAGGGAGUCCUGGGUGGCGGGUGUUCAGGUGAGGGAGUCCUGGGAGGCGGGUGUUCAGGUGAGGGAGUCCUGGGUGGCGGGUGUUCAGGUGAGGGAGUCCUGGGUGGCGGGUGUUCAGACUCUAGUGUUGAAUACUGAGGCUUUCAAAGGGCUGGUGGCUGGUGGCUGGUGGCUGGUGGGUUGCGAGGUGGUUCUGGCCGGCGGUUACCAAGCGAGGAGCACAGUGCCUCCUGUAAAGGCCUCAGGGAUUCCCUCCCUACAAACCCGUCUGUUGUCACAUGCUGUAUGUCAAGAGUGGGGAGACACUCACAGAGGCAAAGGACAAGUGGCACUUCCGCGUCAGGCGAGGCACCAUAUCGCGACGGAGCGGAUGUGGUCAGCGAGUGGCGUGGCGUGGCGUGGCAUGGCGUGGCGUGGCGUGGCGUGGUGUUGCAGGAUGCAUCGACACGUGCUGACGGGACUGCUGCUGUUGAUGACGGCCUCCUGCAUGGCCAUCCCUGUGCCUGCGGAAGGUGACUAUGACCUCAACUAUGUACUGAGCAACCUGACGGCGCUGUGGGAGGAAGUGGCACAGCUGCGGCAUGACGUGGAGGAUCAUCGACACGGCUACCCUCCCCACAGCCAGGUGACCCAGGAGGUGGACACGCUGCAACACGAGAUGGUGGUACACGCCUACCAACGCCCACACGAGGGCCACAACGACCACCAUGACCCUAACGCCAUCCAACACCUGGAGCACUUCCACGAGCAUCACCACGACGACCACAACCACCACGAUGCCGACGACCACCAAGGCCACGAACACGGCCACGACCACAGCCACGACCACGGCCAUGACCACGAUCACGGACAUGAUCACAGCCAUGACCACGAUCACGGACAUGAUCACAGCCAUGACCACGACCACGGCCACGACCACGGCCACGAGCAUGGCCAUCACCACCACGAUGGAGACCACGACCACACUCACGACCACAAACACGAUGAUAACGCCGACAACCAGAGUGAUGAGGAUAACAGCGGAGAAGACGACGACUCAGACAACAGUGGCGAGGCACACGACCAUGAUGGACACGACCACCACCAUGGCGGCCAUGAUCACCACCACCGCCAACACGACCACCACCACCAUGGUGGCCACGAAAAUCACAACCAUGGCAAAGGACACGACCACUCUGACGACACCCACGACCACAAAAGUCACCACCACAGCAAGGACACCCACCAACACGACAGCGACCACCACCACGAUCACGACCACACAGGCGAAAUCCACGACCACGAGGGACAUGACCACAGCCAGGACCACAGUGAACAUGGCGAAGGGCACGACCAUUCUGGCGACGUGCACAGCCACGAGGGGCACGACCACAGCCAGGACACCCACCAACACGACAACGACCACCACCACCAUGACGACCACCACCACCACCACCAUGAGAAGGACGCCCAUGACACACACGGCCUCCACGAUCAUUUUGAAGGAGCUCCUCCCCCCGCCAGCCGCCCCUCUCUGGUCGGCCCCGUGCUGGCCCCUAAGCUCGGCCUGGCUCUAGCCCCGGGGAGCGAACAGGCGGCGGCAGACCAGGGGGAGGAGUGGGCGCACGCCUCCUGCAAGCUGGAGCCCAACGCUGAGCUGGCGGAUGGCACCGUGAGGGGAAAUGUCAUCAUCUCGCGGAAGAAGGACGAGUCUGGCCCUGUUUUCUUCCACCUCGACCUCCAAGGCUUCCAACCCUCGCAAGGAAGAAUACACGGGUUCCACAUCCACUCCUUCCCCAUCACUGACAACAAGUGCAGCACCGCCGGGGGACACUUUAACCCCUACGGCACCACCCACGGAGGCCCUGACAGUGACACAAGACACGUGGGCGACCUUGGUAACAUCGAGGUGGACAGCCACGGCUACCUGGAGAACCACCUCUUGACUGAUGAUCGUGUGGCACUCAGCGGGCCAGCCAACAUUGCCGCCAAAUCUAUCGUGAUACACGCCGGUGAGGACGACCUAGGGCUUGGCGGGGACAGUGGCAGCCUCACUACGGGCAAUGCUGGGGGUCGCCUCGCCUGCUGUACCAUCCACAUUCAGGCCGAGGUUUCCUACAGGUUCAAAGGAUAAGCGAAGGAUACCUGUGUGUGUUUCCUUUUGAUGUGUGAAAAAUUAUUGUUAUAUUAAGUGUCUUCCUUUCUCUCUCUCUCUCUCUCUCUCUCUCUCUCUCUCUCUCUCUCUCUCUCUCUUUAUUUUUUUGCGUGCGUUUGUUUGUAAUAAAGAUUAGUGGUGAUA